CAUUUAUGGUUUUUUUUAUAUCAUGUACAGGUAUAACCUAUAUUAGGAGAUAAAAAACUUUUAUUUUUUUUUUGCAAUUAAUAAAAAUUUUCAGUAUUCAGUGGAUAAUUGGAUAAUGUUUUAUAUAUUUAAGCAAUUUUUCAUAUUUAAUAUUUAUUGUGAAAAUUUAAUAUAUUUUUAUGAUUCAUAAAAACAUUAAUAUUUAAUGUGAAAUAUUUUUAAUUGCUAAUAUUUAAUAAUUAUCAAAAAAUACGAACAUGUUAAGUGAAUACAACGAUAUUGAAGAAGAUGAAGAAGUCAUAUUUGAGGGUAAUGAUUUGUAUGAACAUUUAUCUGCAUUGGGAUAUGUAGAUUUUGAAACUGCAACAGUUUCUAAACCUUUACUAACAUCACAAAAGAAAUCUAUCUAUAUGAAUACUGACAUUAUCAAUGAUAUAGGUAGAAAUAUUUAUAGAUAUAUAUUAGAUUUAAAAUCAUGGAUAACACAGGAUUGCAGUUUAUCCAAAGAACAAUUGCACACUAUUUUAAGUGCCAAAACACUUUUAGACGAUCAUGCAUAUACAAUUAAUAGUUAUACACAAAAGUAUUUUCCUUCUACACCAUGGAAGUAUGUUUUUACUUUCUAUCAUAAGUAUGCUUACAUAUAUAUUAUAUCAUUAUGUGAACAGAAAUUUUUAUUUAUUGAUUACAGGAAAAUGUUAAGGAAUUUACUUGUUAAUGGUACAAUAAUAGCUUCUUCUGCGUACUUAAUAUUCUGUAAACACAAAAAAGCUUUAAAUAUUAUAAUAACAUUUUGUAUAUUAUAUUUCACUGGUUAUAGAAACUACAAAAAUUUACAGGCACAUAAAGAAUUAAAACAAUUAGUAUUAUUACAAAAUGAAUUUUAUGAUUUAUGUAAUAAAGGAUUAAAAAUUUUGAGACAUGGUUACAAGGUAAAAAUUAAUUCUAGGAAAGUAGAGCAACCAUUUCAUGAUCUCAUGGGAGAAAGAUUAAUAUACCUACAACCAAUAAUGGAAAAUUUAAUUAAAUGUAUGGAAGAUCUUUGUCAAAUUUACCAUCAUAUUAUUUGUAUUAUGACAGCACAAUUUCCUAAACAUGUUUUUAAUCAAUUUGUAAUAACAACAUUUGAAGAUAAUGCGUUUAAAAUACAUGGAGAAAUUAACUAUGAAGCAUUGAAGCAAUUAUAUUAUACUUAUGCUCUUAUGCAAUCGGAACUAUUAUAUCUACUGGCUAUUGCAUAUGAUACUAAAACGUGGUCUUUAACUUGUGAUAAAAUUUCCAAGGCAAACCUGAUUUAUAUUACUUAUAAAUUGAAUAAACAAUUGAUAAAAUAUAAGAAUAAAUUAUCUCUGUGUAUCAAUUCUUAUUAUAAUUGUAAAGUGGAACCAGUUCAAUAUAAUUUUAAGGGUCCAGUUGCAUCAAAAUGGCAAGACGUUUAUUUACAUUUGAAUUUAACAUCUAAUAAGAUUCAACAGGCAUAUGAACGUAUAAUAUCAAUGAUUAAUGAUAUUGAUACGUGUACUGAUGAUACUUCAACCAAUAAUGAGAUGAUAGAAAAAAUGACGCAAAAAAUGGAUGAAAUGUAUAAGCAAAUAGAUACGGCUAGAAAUUUCGCUGAAUUUAGUAGUUUAUUAAUAACAAAAAUAAAGUAUAAAAAUUCCAAAAUGAGUUAUACAAAACAAGAUACUAAAAUACAAAAUGUAAAUGAAAACUUGCCGGUAAUAAUUGAUACAGAACCAGAAAUACUUGAUGAGGUGUUUGAAGAAUAUAUUAAAGAAGAAUAUUUGAAACCUUUGUAUGAAGAAGAUGAAGAGAUCUUAUUACAAGAAUAUAAAUUGGACAAAUUGUUGGCAAAGAAUUUUAUGAGUGAAUUAAAGGAAGCUUUGAUUGAUAAGCAUAGAACUAUGUCAGAAAGAGAAUCUAAAGCACUUCAACGUAUGUACAGAAACGUAAUAAAUAGUGCAAAUGAUUUGGGGAGUAAUAACUUAAGAUCUUCAAUACCUAUACCACCUCCAAUGCCUUCUUUGGCCAGUAAUUCCAUUUCGUUACGUAAUAAUGAUUCCAUUAAUUACGAUCACAAUAACAUUUUUCCCAUAGAAUCGUCAAAUACAUCGAAUACCGAAAUAUUUCAUACACAAACGUCAAGUGUAAAUAAUAUCGUAAAAAAUUUUAAAUAUGAUAAAGAUGCCAACAAUGAAUCAAUAAUUGAAGAUAACAAAGAUAGUACUGUCUUUAGAUCAUUGUCAUUGAAACAGUUUCAAAAUCCUGUUAUACAAUUUGGAUUAAAUAUGCCUCCUCAAUUGUUAUCUAUGAAUGAAGAAAUGUUUAUAGGUAGUGGAGAAAAUUCUGAAAGUGAUAUUGAACCAGAGGAUGAUUCAAUUGCAUAAUAUUCUGUAUUCAUUUAUAAAAAUAAAUAAUAACAAGUUUGAA